ACCGUGGGUCCAACACCAUGAGGGUCUAAAGAUACCUAGCCAGCCGCGGUCUUUCCGAGUGGCCAGGCUGUGGGAAGAUGGGGCAGGACCAGACAAAGCAACAGAUUGAAAAGGGACUGCAGCUGUACCAGUCCAACCAGACAGAGAAGGCACUGCAGGUGUGGAUGAAGGUGCUGGAGAAGGGCUCUGACCUCGUGGGCCGCUUCCGGGUGCUGGGCUGCUUGGUAACAGCUCACUCAGAGAUGGGUCGCUACAAAGAGAUGCUGAAGUUUGCUGUGGCCCAGAUUGAUACUGCUCGGGGGCUGGAGGAUGCUGACUUUCUGCUCGAAAGCUACCUGAACCUGGCGCGCAGCAAUGAGAAGCUAUGUGAGUUCCACAAAACCAUCUCCUACUGCAAGACCUGCCUUGGCCUGCCUGGCACCAGGGCUGGUGCCCAGCUUGGGGGUCAGGUCAGCCUGAGCAUGGGCAAUGCUUUCCUGGGCCUCAGCCUCUUCCAGAAGGCCCUGGAGAGCUUUGAGAAGGCCCUGCGCUAUGCCCACAACAACGAUGACACCAUGCUGGAGUGCCGUGUCUGCUGCAGCCUGGGCAGUUUCUACGCCCAGGUCAAGGACUAUGAGAAAGCCCUGUUCUUUCCCUGCAAGGCUGCAGAGCUUGUCAACGACUAUGGCAAAGGUUGGAGCCUCAAAUAUCGGGCCAUGAGCCAGUACCACAUGGCUGUGGCCUACCGCCUGCUGGGCCACCUGGGCAGUGCCAUGGAGUGUUGUGAGGCUUUGGAUGCCAUUGAGAAAGCCCAGGACCUGGCUGAAGAGGUCGGAAACAAGCUGAGCCAGCUCAAGCUACAUUGCCUGAGUGAGAGCAUCUACCGAAGCAAAGGGCUGCAGCGUGAGCUGCGCACGCACGUAGUGAGGUUCCACGAGUGUGUGGAGGAGACUGAGCUCUACUGCGGCCUCUGUGGUGAAUCCAUCGGGGAGAGGAACAGCCGGCUGCAGGCCCUGCCCUGCUCCCACAUCUUUCAUCUCAGAUGCCUGCAAAACAAUGGCACUAGGAGCUGCCCCAACUGCCGCCGCUCCUCCAUGAAGCCAGGCUUUGUGUGACUUCAGCCGCCAUCCUGUGUUUCCACACAACCUCCCCUGGCUCCUUCUCCACCAUCAAGCUGGAGGUCCUGGUGAAAUUCUAGGGUAGCGGCCAGGACCUCCAUAGCCAACUCAGGGCCAGAGGCCUGCCUGUUGCUCCUCUGGGCCUAGCUCCCCUCCCCUGCCUCUUUAUACGUUGUUCUUUAUAGAAAAAUAAAAU